AUGGACGGAGAUGCUCAUGGAUGUUUCAUAUGUGUUAUCUGUUUGGUUAUUUUGACAGUCCACGGAGAGAUUGUACCAGAAUAUUUAGCAGCCAAUCAACAGGAAAACUUCAUGGCUGACCAGAGAAACAGCAGCAACAUUUGGCAGAAUAGCAUAACUACAAAUGAUUUCCUGAUGAAGGUCUUUUCCAAGCCACUCAACAGCAUGAUAAGAAAAAAGAGAGACUGGUUGAUUCCCCACGUCAGCAUAGCAGAGAAUGACAAAGGCCCGUUCCCAAAGCAAGUAGUGAAGAUGAAAUCCACUGCUCCUGAUUCCAUGAUUAUGAUUUAUGAAAUCACAGGUGCUGGAGCUAAUGAGCCUCCCAUCAAUCUUUUCAAAGUGGACAAAUAUUCAGGCAUGUUGUCGGUCACCAAAGCCGUUGACCGAGAGGAAACUGAAGAAUACACUCUCACAGUUCAUGCCACGUCUAACAAUGGAAGCUACACUGAAAAGCCUGUUCAACUCGUCAUAAAAGUUCUGGACCAAAAUGACAACAAACCCCACUGUACCCAAAAUCCUUAUACAGGAGAGGUCCUAGAAAGAGCAAAACCAAAUACACCUGUUAUGCAAGUGACGGCAGAGGAUUCGGACGACCCCACAUCUUUAAACAGCAUUGUAUGUUACAAACUGCUGAAACAGGAGCCCAACAGUGGAGUGUUUCACAUUGACCAAACCACUGGAGUCAUCAGUCUGGCAUUGAUGGGCAUUCUGGAUAGAGAGACUGAUGCUGUAUAUAAACUGGCUGUAGAAGCAGCAGAUAUGGAUGGUCACGGUCUUUCAUCCACCUGUAUGGUUACCAUCAAAAUCACUGAUAGCAAUGACCAUCGACCGCUGUUCAGCCAAGAACAUUAUGCUGAAACGGUAAGGGAAAAUAAAGCUGGAGAAGUUGUUGCCAGGCUCACCGUCACUGAUAAAGAUGAGCCUCUUACUGUUAAUGCCCUGUCAAAGUUUACCAUCAUCCAAGGCAAUGAUAGAGGGUUCUUUAACAUCAGUACUGACCACAAUGGCAUGGACGGCAUCAUCACUACAAUAAAAGCUCUGGACUUUGAACAGGCCAACAGUUUCUCUUUGCUGUUAAUGGUAGAGAACGAGGCUCCUUUUGCUCUUCCUUUCCGCACCUCCACUGCUACCGUCACCAUCACAGUCCUGGAUGUAAAUGAACCUCCAGUUUUUGAUCCUCCAGAGAAACAGAUCAUAAUCUAUGAAGACCAAUCUGUGGGCAGCACAAUAUCCAAAUAUACAGCCACUGACCCAGACACUGAUAGAGCACAGAAAAUAAGAUAUAAGCUGAAAGGAGACAUUGCAAACUGGCUGGAGAUCACAGAAGACACUGGACUCAUUACUAUCAGCAGUUCGCUGGACAGAGAAGCUAAGUUCAUAAGAGAUGGACAGUACAAGGUGUCAGUACUUGCAUUCGAUGAUGAUGAUGAACCAGCCACAGGAACAGGCACAUUCAUGAUUAAGCUGUUGGAUGUUAAUGACAACCCUCCUAUUUUGGAGCAGCACAAAGUCCAAAUGUGUUCAAGAGAACCAAAACCUGUCCGUCUGACCAUCACAGAUGCAGAUGAGCCAGAAAACGGCCCACCCUUCACCACAGAGCUCUAUGAAGAGUUUAAAAGCAAUUGGACGAUCACCAGCGACUCCAACAGCAGUGUGUUGUUGAGUUCACUCAGACAUCAGGCUAUUGGUGAAUACAGCCUGUGGUUGCGUCUGUCUGACUCUAAGCUGUUAUUUCAGAGCAGUUCCCUCAUAGUGAAUGUGUGUGACUGUAAAGGAGACGAUGGUAUCUGCUCCAGCCCUCUAUAUACCGCUGACAUCACCAUUCCACUCAUCUUUGUGUUUGUAGCUGUCUUGUGCCUUCUAGUGCUAAUAGUGUUGCUGCUUUUCCUGAAGAGAAAGUGUGGCAGAAAAUUUGAACAGUUCACCAAGAAUGAAGAAGACCGCGAUAAUAUUAUCUGUUAUAAUGAGGAAGGAGGUGGCGAACAAGACCAGGACUUUGAUAUAAUGCUGUUGUGUGGCAGACCAGAGGUUUUCUAUAGAGAUAUAGCUCCAACAGUCUUACCUACUGUCAUCUAUAGGCAACUUCCAGAGGAGGAUGAAGAUAUGGAAAACUUCAUCUAUGAGAAUCUGUGCACAGCCGAUGAUGAGCACUAUGUGGCGCCAUUUGACUCUGUGCUGGUGUUUGCUCAUGAGGGCGAGGGCUCUAAAGCUGGAUCUCUCAGCUCCAUACAGUCGUCCAUCAGUGACGGGAGUCUGGACUUCCAGGAUCUGCACAACUGGGGACCCCCGUUCAGGAGACUUGCUGAUCUGUAUGCAGGAAGACAAGAUGAGUGAAAUAUGCUCCGAUCACACUCUAAAGCAGUUUAAUGUGAUCUCUGCUUUUAAAAGUUGUUUAAUAGAUUCUAUAGAUGCAAAUAUUACGCUUUUAGCCUGUGUUUUGAAGCCAUAUUACUGUAUGUACUCGUGACAAUAUACUAAUAUACACUAUGAGGCCCAAAAUGUGUAACUUUAAGAUCUUUUAAAGUACAAAUGAAAUCAAAACCAUACUGAUUUUUUUAGGUCACACUGCUAGUUUUGUGGUGAACAAUUCAU